CCAAUAAAGCCCAGGCCAAAUGACAGUGACAGCUGUCUUGUGGCAUUCAGUUUGAAUUGAACAGGUUUGCUCACAAGUCAGGAGCAAGUGUUUCAUUACAGACUGUGCACCAAGAUCAACAUAAGCCCCCAAAAGUGAAACUUUCCCUCAGCAGCUAUGGAAACUGUUCCCGUGGACUGGGAUGCACUUCACAGGCUCCUCCUUGUCUCCUUGCUUUGACUUUCCCACCUCCCGCUGGCUGUCCUCUUCUGUUGGCAUUUGCAUAUUGCGAGGGAAUAAAGCCUCAGUUCUCUCAGGAGUGAAGCAGAGUGUUAUGGGAGCUGAGCACUCGAAGAACGAGGAGCAAAGGAGCAUGGUUUUCCUCAGGAAAGGGCCGAAGCUGCCCGCAUGGGAGGACGCCCUUCUGGCAGGGAGAGAGCCCAAGUCGCUGCUGAAGCGGGGAUUGCGUUAUGUCAGCUUGAGCCUCAUAAUGAAAGGGAUGACCAGCACGCCUGACUUCUUGUGGGGACUGCAUGAGGUGCAGAAGCUGAACCUUUCACGCAACCAGCUGGUGGCGAUUCCUCCUUCGCUGGGCAAGCUGGACAGGCUGGUAGUGCUGAACUUGGGUGGCAACUGCCUCAAGUGCCUGCCGAAGGAGAUCGGGCUGCUGAGGAACCUGAAGGUCUUGUUUGUCAAUAUGAACUGCCUGAAAGAAGUGCCAGCAGAGCUCAGCUUGUGCAGGAAGCUGGAGGUUCUGAGCCUCUCACACAACUGCAUCUCACAACUGCCUUUGAGCUUCACGGACCUGACGAGUUUGAGGAAACUGAACCUCAGUAACAACCGCUUUGUGCAAAUUCCCCUCUGCAUUUUCGCCCUGAGAAGCUUAGACUUCUUGCACCUAGGGUCCAACAAGCUGGAAAACAUCGCGGAGAGCAUCCAGUAUCUGGUCAAUCUGCAAAUCUUUAUCGUGGAAAACAACAACAUCCGCAGCCUGCCACGGUCCCUGUGCUACAUCAGCAGCCUGGAGCUGCUGAACGUGGAUUACAACGCCAUCCAGAGCCUGCCAGACGAGCUGUACCUGCUGCGCCGGCUGCGCCGCAUUGCCUGGAACCCCAUGGACAAGGGGCUGCACAUCGCCCACAACCCCCUGGCCCGGCCCCUGCCCGAGGUGGUCGAGGGCGGCCUGGACGUCCUCUUCAACUACCUCAGGGACAAAAAGGAGCGCAACUGAGCUUCCGCUGAGCUUGGGAUUAAGCCUGUCAUCAAGGCUCAAUCGCGUCGGAGAGCUUCCCUGCACAGGCAUUUCCACCUCAUAAUGCUUGGAUUUUGAAGGCUGUGGAUGGCUUUAGUGACAGUUGGAGGAAAGCAAGUAAAGUAGGAUGGUCUUGAUUAAGUGUGUGAAGAGCAAACUUUCUAAAAAUAGCCACCUCUGUAACCUUCACUGUUGUGGUACUUGGGCUUUGUUGUUUUUUUCUUUUUUAAUACAACAACAAGCUUUUGAUAAAAUAUUUGCUCUUCAUUUGACAGAAACAAAUUAAAUAGACUGCCAGACGUGCAGAAAUAUGCAUUUGACAGCUAUUAUGCUGGAGAAAUAUUAAUAUAAGUUAGACUUUCUCUGUGAUUGCAAUUGCAUUUCUAUUCCUGCUCACUUCUUCAUACACAGGUAAACCACGACAUAAACAAACACUGCUAUCUAAGAGGAUCUCAAUGAAAAUGUUUGCUUUUGGCAGUGAAUAUAUCCUGAGCUAUAUUAGCUCACAGACAAUAUAUUAGUGGUCAGUUCAAUACCACUUGUUUACCCCACAGCUGUGCUCUGUAUAAAUUAUAGGUAGAGAUUGCCAGUGAUGAGGCAAUUUGCCAAUUCUUUGGAAGUGGAUCCCAAAAUUCCCCAGAGCUCCUACUUCCCCUGAUGAGACAAGCAGCCUUUCACACGGAGCCUCCUAGGAUGCUGACAGCAGUGCUUCACAUCCUCUGGGAGCAGGAUCUGCACAAAGCAGAGAAAGGACUGUGGCUUCUUCCCUCACACAAAGGAUGGAGCUGCUCAUUGCUAGAUGUACAACUGCUCUCCAUUCCCAUAUCCCUGCAAUCCGAGCUAUGGAGUAACUUUACUCAGGAGGCAGUACAUCUCCUGAAGGUGAAAUAUUUCUUUCAGGAAAAGCAGCAUCAACCCAGUCAUCACCUUAAGUAAGAGCUUCAAAAACAAAUAGUUAUUUCUGGGAUUUUCAGUAUCAGCCAGUAGCAUAAAAGUCAGGUCUUAUGUGGUUUCUCAUAUUGAUCUUCUGUGAAUGUCCUUCAUCAAAGUUUUAUCUGGUAAUAAAGAGUCAGUAUGAAAGAGCUGUUAACAAUUUAUGCAACUUGGGUUUUUUUGUUCCCUUACACCAGUGUAGAACUGAAGCAGCUUUGUUGAAAUCAGUUGAGACAAAUGCUUGUAAUGGCAGUGUAAGAGAGGAAUUAGACUGUAAUUCUCAGUUAAUUAUGAGUAUUCAAAGCCAUUUUCAAAGUGCUUCCUAUGUCAAAUCUCAGGAAUCGAUUAUUUUCUAAAACAUCAUUUGUUCAAAAUUAUGAAAGGCUGUGAAAGAUUGAUCCUGCUUCUAAUGAAGUUAAUGUACAAUGCCUGGCUGAGGGGAAAACUCCUCAGCAGAGGUAGGAGCAGCCUGAUAACAGCAGACAAUUUUGUAAUUCAUAGGUACAUGUGAGUAAACACAGAACCUUUAGCCACACUGACAUUACUGUUGUGGUGUUGAAUGGUAGCAAUGAGGAAUUGGUGCUCACAGAAUAUUCCACCCUGGUUCUGCCUGCCCUGAUGUUUGCAUUGGAUUGUUUUGUGUAUGAUUUGUUAUCUUAAUUGAGAAUUUCAGUGUUAGGCCCAGAAAUCAGAGUCUCUAAGUGUACAGUCAAGGACAAAUCUU